AUGGCGCCCCUGCUCAAGGUCAAGAAGCUCUCCGACAAGGUCAUCCUGCCGUCCCGCGGCUCCGCACUCGCCGUCGGCUCCGACUUCACCGCCGGCUACGACCUCUCCAGCACGGUGGAGAUGGUGGUGCCGACGAGGGGCAAGGCACUGGCGGCCACCGACCUGAGCAUCUCCAUCCCGGAGGGCACCUACGCGCACAUCGCAUUGAGGUCGGGCCUGGCGCUGAAGCACUCCAUCGACGUGGGCAUCGGGGUGAUCGACGCCAACUAUCGGGCCCGGGGGGGCAUCGCGCUAUUCAACCUCUCGGAGGCGGACUUUGCGGUGAGGCCCGGCGACCGCGUCGUGCAGAUGAUCGUCCACGUGAUUGCAACGCCCGAGGUCGCUGAGGUGAAGCACCUUGACGCCACCCUUCGUGGGGAUCAGGAAAAACGGCACCAGACUGAUUGCUUUGAAACUGAUCCAUGGCUGCUUGCGCUCAGCAACGCGGCACUCACUUGGUACGUCCCACCUCCGCCGCCGUUGCAGGGAUUGGAAGUCAAGGUGGAGUACGUGCCCGAGAAGCCCAACCUCGGCGCUGACGACCCUCUCCUCCUCGGCGUCUUCGAGAAAUUGAAUUCCAUGAGUCGUAUCUUCUUUCUUGUUGUAGAGACAGCAAGAUAG